UCUGCUCGUGCAAGGGAACGUUCAGCAAGAUCAUGGGCAAGAAGUACGCGGCCGGUAAACAGCCCGACGCUCACAGCCAGCGCACCACCAGGUGGUAUGUGAAGCCCACCUGGCGGUUGUGGGGCGAAGAGCGCGAAGAGAACGCCAUCUACACGGUCUACCUGAAGAAGGUGCGUUACCACCGGCCAACACCCAGUGCCAGCAGUCAAGACUCCGAUGACGAAAUCUCGCACCUGGAGUGGGAAACGGUGCGCGUGAGGUUCGUGAAGGCGGCCACCUUGUCCCGGCUGGUCGACGCGCUCGCAACCGACGACGGUGAGCUUGAGAGCACGUUCGUUAACGUUUUCCUGAACACCUACCGCACGUUCGCACAGCCCGAGAAGGUGCUGGAUCUGCUGCUCGAGCGAUACGAGAAGCUGCACAGCGAACCGGGCCUGUUGCAGCCGGAGUCACUGUCCGAUCAGCACAAGAAAACUCUAGUCUCUGUUCUCCACGUGUGGCUCGAUGGGUUCCCCGAGGAUUGGGAGACGGACAAUCUGCAACGGCUGCUAGCAUUCACCUCAAAGCGUUUGCCAAAAUCGGAAAUUCACGUUAAAGCUUUAAAUAGGUGAGUUCCCCCAACUCACGGGCACCGAAUGACGCUAACGACGCGCUCCUGUAGAAUACCACCGCCGUUGCCAUGGUCCAACGAUUAUCACGAUUUCACCGACCAGUUCGGUGGCCUGUGCCUGACGCCGGCCUUCCGUGGCCCGCCGUCGCACCUGCUGCACUCGUACCGCUUUCCCAACAUUCCGGUGAAGCACUUCGCCGAGCAGCUGACCCGCAUGGACAUGGAGCUGUUCAAGCGGCUCAUACCGCACCAGUGUCUCGGUGCGAUCUGGUCGAACCGGGACAAGCACGAGUGCGGUUCGGUGCUGGCCACCGUCACGCAGUUCAACGCCGUCUCGUUUCGCGUCAUCUCCAGCAUACUGAUCGAGCCGCGGCUGAAGCCCCAGGAGCGGGCGCUUCUCAUCUCAACCUGGAUCGACAUUGCGCAGGAGCUGCGGCUCCUGAAGAACUUCUCCUCACUGAAGGCGAUCAUUUCGGGGCUCCAAUCGAACGCCGUCUAUCGCCUAUCGAAGACGUGGGCCGUGCUCCCGAGGGAUAAGUUGGAGUUGUACAACGAGCUGGCAAGGAUAUUCUCGGAGGACAACAACGCUUGGGCGCAGCGAGAGGUGCUGAUGCGCGAGGGAACGGCCAAGUUUGCCGACACGGUCGGCGAGAACGAUCGGCACCUGCAGAAGGUGUUCCAGAAGCAGAACACCCUGAUCAGCCACGGUACGAUCCCGUACCUGGGCACGUUUCUGACCGAUCUGACGAUGAUACACGCCGCGAUACCGGACACACUGCAGGACGUGCUGAUCAACUUCGACAAGCGGCGCAAGGAGUUUGAAGUGUUGGCGCAGAUCAAGCUGCUACAGGGUGCCGCCAACACAUACCACCUGCCGGAUGAUCCGCUGUUCGAUCGGUGGUUCGCCUCGUUGCUGGUGCUCGAUGAACGCGAAGCCCACACGCUCAGCUGCUCACUUGAACCGGCCCCAGAAAUGGUGGCCAAACGUCCACCGGCCCACCACGGUACGGUUUCGGGAGCGACCAGCAAUGGUGCGGCCGGUGGUACUCCGGGACACAAGAAGAGUGACUCCAUUGCGUCGAACUCGAGCAGUGGGGCAGGGUCUCAGUUCUACUGUGAUAUUAACAGCACAUCUAACGCGAGCUCCCGGAACAAUUCGCUCGAUCGUGACGCUACACCACCGAACGCGUCGAUCCUGUCGGCCGCCAGCAGUGUUUCGUCGCUGUCGAUGGACUCCACCACGUCCAGCAGCCAGCGGUCGACCCAUCCGAGCCAGAAUGGUGGCGCUGGCGGUAUCCGCACGCCUCAGUCGGCCCGUCACAACAACAGUACGGCCUCGAGUAAGAGCGCCAACGGGAGCGGUGCCCAUCACGAGACGCCGAUCAUUAACGGGCAGCUGGUGCAGAGCUCGCCGCUCAAGUCGGGUAGCUCGCCCGACUUUUACAUCAUCAAGGUGACGUACGAGACGGACCAGGUCGAACUGGACGGUAUCGUGCUGUACAAAAGUAUCAUGCUGGCGAACAACGAGCGCACGCCGCAAGUCAUACGCAACGCCAUGCUGAAGCUGGGACUUGAGGGCGACCCGGACCGCUACACGUUGGCGCAGGUGCUGCCCGACAAAGAGCUGCUGCUGCCGAACAACGCCAACGUGUACUACGCCGUCAACACGGCGUACAAUUUGAAUUUUAUUCUCCGACCGAAAAAGGAUGCCCCCGCCAAUGCCGCUCCUCCGGGGCUCGGUGCUACUGCUGCUGCUGCUGCGGCCAGCAUUCGUCCUUAGAGAACCGAUCGACGGCGAGGGUCGGUUUCCUGUUCAUUUUGUACAUUUAUUUUAAGCCUAACGAGAAACCGACGUUGUUGCUUGUUUUUAACCUCAGCCAACCCUGACCGGGGCGGCACCCGGUCGGUCAGUGCCGGCGCUACCAAUAUUAUGUCGAAUACGUUUUCUGCUUUGUGCUCCGCGGCGAACUUUUUAUUUAAUAUCUGUUGCUUCAUAGUCGCCGCUCGCCUGACACAGGCCAAUGGCAGCUCGGAGGAUCGUCACGAAUCGUUGUUGUAAAUUAUAACACUGUAGGAACAAGACAAACGUAAUACAUUCUAACGGACGGAGCGCCCGGUAUGGUAUUAUAGCGACCGAAAUACUUACAAAUUUACCACACAACAACCGACUAACUCGGAAGAGUAUUUGAUACUAGCGGGCACAGCGGGCCUUUUACCGAAUGGCCGAGUGUGGUCGACGAUUGUGAAAACUUUACACCUGGAGCUUCUUGCAGGGUACUAUUUCUGCCUCUAUACAACAGAAACACAAAACCAACUAGGGACAAACGGCGAAUAUCGCGCGUGUACAAUAAGUAUUUUAUUAGUGUCUAAUAAACGGAAA